UUGUGGAAAAAAUCACAGUAAGUUUUGGAAUUUCUUAGCUAAAGCAACAGCAUGAAGUUGAUGUUAUUAUUAAGUGCAGUUAUCCUUGUUUGUCAGGCUGACGAAGCGCCUAAAGAUGAUGAUCCAGAUAUUGUAAUAUUCAAUGAUGGAAUGUUUCGAAUGCUUCCAGAGGUUGGCGGACAUCAUAUAGUACUUGUACCUGUUCCACCCCCUACCCACCGUUUCAGAGUACAAGAAAGAAGAUGUUGAUAAAAUUAUCAUCACAGCCAGAAGUAUGAUGAAACCUAAGAACAUGGAAAUGACCACCGAGUUGGACCCGGCUACGGAAACUCAACGCAAAAAGCGUUCUAUUCCCUUUACAUCUGAAACUGUAGAAUGGUUUACUAAUCUUCCAGAUGAUCUUGACGUGACCACCACUGAACCAUGCGACUUGUUGUGCACAAAAUUAGAAUUAGAUCCGAUAUGUGCCUCAAAUGGUGUGUGUUUGCAUGAGUUUCCGAAUCAGUGUACUUUGGAUACUUAUAAUUGUAAACAUAAAGGUGGUGCAUUGUUCAAACCCACCGAACAUAAAGACAAAUGUCAAAUGUAUUGGCUGGACAAGUGUGACGAGAGUGAGAUGCAAUAGAAAGGGGGAAAGAGAGGGGUUUUUUUUAAAACGAUUUGUUUUUUCCAUAAUAAAAGCAAAUUAAUAGAAUUAACUUGUGAUUAAGUCGAAAAUAAAGAAUUAUUUCAGCUGAAAUGAAUAAAAUUCUUAGCUGAAUAGCUAAA